AUUGUAUCGAAAGUCGUGAAGCAAUUGCUUUUGAAAUAAAAGAAAUUAUUGAUGAACCUGCUCACGGUUGGGGCGUUAAAGUCGAAAACAUCUUGAUUCGUGAUAUAGUAUUCUCUAAAGAGUUACAACAAACUCUUUCUUCCGCUGCUCAACAAAAAAGAAUUGGUGAAAGCAAAGUUAUCUUGGCUCAGGCCGAAG